UUUCGAGACUUCAGACGUCGCUUUGUGGUUAGAAGCGUGUUGAUGUAACUGGCAAGAAUGUUGGGAAAGCUUUACCCAUAAACAUCCCCCGCAGCGUGUAUUUUGUAAUCUUUCUGGUUUCCUGGUUAGAAUUUGUAUCUAAAAGUCUAAAUACGUUGCUUGUAGACGUGUUUGCUCGUGCUAGUGUGGCAUGCUACUGUUUUUAGCCUUAGCCGAAUGGCACACCGUGGAUUCCGCAAACACGAGAAACCAAUGUGAGGAACGCGUCAGGUAAAAAGCCACUUAAUAGCUGCCUCUCCGUCAAUGUUUCCAAGUCGGGACGAGCCGAAAUGGACGCCCCAGCCCCGUCACCCCAAAGACAUUUCCAGCUGUGAUAUCGGAAGAUGCGUUUUGCUUCGUUUUGAUCCCGCAUAGAACAAGAACCAGAGCCGUUACUUUCUUUUUUUCUAUGAAACAUCCACUUUAUGCCCAGCUAGAUUCAGUCGAAUCGCUCUUGGACGAACUACCAUAUAUGUUUUAUCUGGGCCUGUUCUUUGUGAACGUCCUCAUCCUCUACUACGCCUUUCUAAUGGAGUACAUCGUCCUGAAUGUGGGGAUAGUAUUUCUGCCCGAGGACAUGGAUCAGGCACUGGUGGACCUCGGGGUGCUGUCCGACCCAGCAUCUGUCCCCUAUGACGCUGACAGCGAGUUGGAUGUGUUUGAGGGGUACCUGGAGUGACCGGGCAAUGCUGGAGCUGGACAGAGGAAAAAGGAAGAGGUCUAAGGUGGAUCGGGCCAACAUGCUCAAUCCCUGGCAAGUAAAGACAAGACAAAAUCCAUCCAAUCUGGUGCUGAUGCUGCCUUUCAAAAAGUAAGCAGAAACACAGAGUUUUAAAGGCUUUUGUGGCUUAUAGAUGUCUCUACACACAAACUGCAAGCAUUGUAAUGCACGUUUUGCAUGUCUCCAGACUAUCAAGGCUCAAAAGAAGGGAAACUGAGGAAGCAACCCAGCAGGGGCAGCACCAUGAUGACUGAGAUGUGUCUGUGCCAGUAGUGAUUGGGCACUAGAUCAGCUGUUAUAGCAGUUGACUCCCUGCAGGUUCCAGGGACUCGGUGUCCCCUUGCUUUGGACACAAUGAAUAUUACAAAGUACUAGAGUUCCAUGUCCUAAGAGUGGAGGGACACAGCUGUUCCCUGUGCAAGAAAGACGAAUGUCACCAGAGACGCGGAGCGUGCUUCAUCUCAUCUGCAGUGCAGCCAGUUCAAAUGAAGCAGUCUGGCAUUUACUCCAAACACUGAACCAGGCAGUUCAAGGUCUGACAGCUGAUUGCACAAGGAAGCCAAUGUGUGUCCAGCACAGUGAGAUGUUUUAUAGAAACUUACCAGAUUAAUGAAUAAGCAGGGAACGGAUGUCCCAUGUAGGUCACUUACGCACCUAAACACUCAGAACCUGUUUUACCUUUGUCCUUCUUAGGAUUCCUGUAUGUGUUGCUGCUUUGCAGACUCAUCCAGCCUGGAUGUAAUUCACUUGUCUUUUGAGGUUCAUCCAUUCCAUAUGUUUGGAUGUACACUCUCAGGAGCACUGUCGGGGAAUCAUUGACAAUUGGGAACGAAUGAAACACACCUGUGACAACAGCUGGCCAAAUGGGAGCGAUGUGAACGACUGAAACCUCAGGAGAGGAAAUAAAAUGUUUCAUACAGCUGAUGCUGUUGUGUUAAUGUUAAUGUGAUUUGUUCCACACAAAAAGCACGAUAUUGGUCAUUUUUUAGUAGCCAGAAUUGUAUUAUGUUCUUAUAUAUAAAUCCUCUGCAACAACAGUAAACUGGAUUAAAGUAGCAGAGCAAUUGUAUACUUCUUCUCAUAGUUGGGGAAUUAUUCUGUCCACAUUCUGCAUGUAAAGGUGGAUGUUGCCCAUCAACAUGUGAAUUAAUUUGUAAAACUGUAAUGAACUUGAUUUGCAUUUGUAUAUAUUUGUAGAAGACCUUACAGCCCAGCUAAUGGAGGCAACAGACGAGCUAGUAUUUUCUUACUGCAUACAGUACCUUUGUAUGAGCAUAAGUAAAUGUUAUGUACUGUACCAGCCAUCACAGGUCACCAAAUAAGUAACGAGCUGUAGGGACGAAAUCCAUUAGCACAUGCAUGUUUCAUCUUCUAAACCAGCUACACUUUUAUGUAGAGGCUCUGCUCCACCCUGCGCCGGGUGAAGUGUCUGUUACCGUGCAGCGUGAAUGUGUGUUUCUCCAUUUAAUAUGGGUUAAGGCUGAUAUCAAGCAAUACUUUGUGGAGACACUCACAGUAGUUCAGUAUAUGUUAGUAGGGGUUUGAUUUCUAGCUCUCAGGAAAAAUGCUGUUACUGGUGAGGGAGGAGAUGGGCUUUUGUUUUGGAUGAAAACUGUGACACCACACUGUGUAGGCCACGUGCUGAUGAACGCUGCAUCACAUAGCAAAUCACAAAACAGAGAACUGUAACACCAACAUACCUUUACCCAUGUUGUGUCCACAUGCUGAAUAAGCUAAAGAGUUUUAUUUUAGAAUGAAUUUAAUAAACCUGAGUAAAUGCCA